AUGGCAGCAAGCAAGGAUGAGCUCGUCCCCAAAAAAGGCACAGUGUCCUCGGUGGUGUGGAACUGGUUUGGUUUUGUGGCGUGUCACAGCGAACAAACCACGACCUACUGCAAAGUUUGCUCUAAAGCUGUUGCAACUAAAGGUAGCAGUACAACGAAUGUAUUUCAGCACCUAAAGCAGAGGCAUGCAGCGGAGUGGGAGAAAUGUUACUCUCUGCGGGAUUCACAAGACCGCAGCCCACAAACACCCACUAAAAAACAAUCCACAUUAGGCGAUUCCUUUUCACAUUGUGUCCCUUACGACAAGAAAGGGACGCGGUGGAAAACUCUUACUGAUGCAGUCGCGCUACAUAUGGCUAAAGACAUGGUCCCCAUUUACACUGUGGAAAAGCCGGGGUUUAUCCACAUGUUAAAAACUUUCAACCCCAAGUAUGUACUACCAAGCCGCAAGUAUUUUGCCGGAGUUGCCUUGCCUCACCUGUACAACUGCACACAGGAAAAGAUCGCUAGAGAGCUGCAGGAAGUGUCGUUUUACUCCACCACAACAGACUUAUGGUCCAGCCAAACCAUGCAGCCCUACAUGAGUUUGACUGUACAUUUUAUCAACAACUGGACUCUGCGAAGCGUCUGUCUCCAAACAGCGUAUUUCCCUGAGGAUCACAAAAGUGAGAUAAUUGCCCAGGGGCUAAAAGAUGCUCUGAACUCCUGGAACCUUGCUGAAGACCGACUCAUCUGUAUGACAACAGACAGUGGCACCAACAUAAUCAAAGCUCUCAAAGACGAGUGGCCCAACCUCCAGUGCUUUGGACAUAGACUGCACAACACUAUAGAUGGGGUUCACGACAAAAAAAUGAUACAGAGAUUUCUGGAACAGGAGAAGGCCAUAGCCCGUGUCCUGGGCUCAGACAAGAAAAGUUGGCAUCUCGUGCCCACUUGGCAAGACAUUGAUGCUUUAGAGUCCAUAAAUAAAGCUGUCAAACCACUCCAAGACUUUACUGACGCCCUGUCUGGGGAGGCUUAUGUUAGCGUUUCCUACAUUAAACCGGUGCGCCAUUUGUUCAAAACCAGUCUCCUACAGCCAGAGGAGGAAGACACCGAGCUCACUGAAACUAUAAAAACAAACAUUCUUCGGUACCUUGAUGACAAAUACAGCAACCCUGUGAUGGAUGAACUCUUAGAAAUGUCUUCACUGGUGGACCCCAGGUUCCGAACAACCUACAUUGACCCAGGCAAGGUGGAACAAGUCAAAAAAAGGGCCGUCACUGAGCUGAUGUCUCUGCCUGUGCCUGCUGAAAAAAGUACACCACAGCAGCCUGGUCUCGCGGUGCAGGUGUGUCAAGAAGCACAGCCUCCACCGAAUAAGAAAAUGACUUUAGCUUCCUUCUUCAAGAAGAAUGUGCCACUGCCAUCUCCCCACCAGCCAGAAGCAGGGAAAAUAGAGACUGAGCUGGCAACCUACCUGUUGACCCCUGAGGCAGAUCCAGACACUUAUCCACUUCAGUGGUGGAAGCGCCACGAACCAAACUUCCCAAGGCUCAGUAAUCUGGCCAAGAAAUACCUUUCUAUCCCUGCUACAAGUGCCCUGACAGAGAGGGUUUUUAGUGUGGGGGGUGGCAUUGUUACAUGCAACAGGGCAUGCCUCAAGCCAGAGGUAGUAGACAGGCUUGUAUUCCUUGCCAAAAAUUUGUAA